CAAUCCACCGGCAACCUUCGCGGCACGCACUCGUGCGCUCCACUUGACCUACUAUCGAUACACUCGCGAUGCCCAUGGCGGCGAUUCACGCAUACCAAAACCUCGGCGUCAACCAAAAGCUCACGCAACUGCAGUCUCCCGCGCCGAGACGCCUGGCGCCUGCUCCGGUUGACACGACGCGGUGCAAGAAGAAGACUUACCUCCACCACCAGCCUUACCCUACCCAACCUGCAUCUGUGGCUCGAAGAAAUGCAAGGGAAAGGAAUCGAGUGAAACAAGUUAAUAAUGGAUUUGCAGCGCUCCGUCAGCACAUUCCAUCAGCUGUUACGGCUGCUCUGGCAGGCGGCAGGGGGUCUUCCAGAAAAUUGAGCAAAGUGGAUACUUUGAGGUUAGCCGUUGAGUAUAUCAAGAGCUUAAAACGAUUGUUGGAAGAGAGUGAAGAAGGAUGUUCAGAUACGCAACUGAGUUUGGGUAUAAACAGCAGUGGACCUCAGACGCCUCCUUCAUCUGAAGAAUCUCAUUCACCCGCACCUUCACUCGUAUCUGAAGGUUCAGCGGGACCUACCUGUCAUGAUGCCUACGACUCCUAUGAUCCGAUGAGCCCGGAAGAUGAAGAAUUACUCGAUGUCAUUUCUUGGUGGCAGCAGCAAUGAUUUAAGGUAUCGUGAUUUACGGUGAUCAAAGUGCGGCCAUUGAGCGGCUUGUUGAUUGUGAAAAAAAGAAGUAUUCGCAUCAAGUAGGACUCAAACGUUGGAGCGCAAGAGACUCCGAGAGAACCUCUAAUUAAGCGCAAUCAGUAUAUUCCUAAUGAGAGGGGAUAAUGGUGGACUAUAACGACCCCAUCGAUGCAUUCCGCCGAGUGGCUGAGCAACCGAACUCUGCUUACAUUUCAUACACGGAUGAAAUAGCAGUACCAAGACUGAAACGAUUUAUUGUUCCAUUUAAGCAUUUAGUUGUAUCGUAGAAGACU